GGAAGAAGGAGGAGGAGGAGGAGGAUGGGCCGGAGCCGGAGCCGGUCCCCGCGGAGAGAGCGCCGGAGGUCACGGUCGACGUCCCGGGACCGGGAGAGACGGCGGCGAGAACGCUCCCGCUCCCGGGAAAGAGAGCCGGAGACGGAGCCGGUCCGCUCCCCACACCGCAGGCGCUCCAGGUCUCCAAGAAGGCACAGAUCCUCGUCCCCGUCCCCUUCCCGCCCAAAAGACAGAAGAGAUGACGAGAAGAAAGACGCGAAGGACGGGAAGGGCAAAGAGCGCCAGAUUACGGAAGAAGACCUGGAGGGCAAAACCGAAGAAGAAAUCGAAAUGAUGAAAUUAAUGGGAUUUGCCUCUUUUGACACCACUAAAGGGAAAAAAGUGGGCGGCUCAGUGAACGCCUACGCUAUCAACGUGUCUCAGAAGAGGAAAUACAGGCAGUACAUGAACAGAAAAGGAGGAUUCAACAGACCUCUGGAUUUCAUCGCGUGAGGGCCUCGGCCCCGGCGGAUCCCCGUCCGGCCGGGGAUCGGGGACGGGCCCCGCCGACCCUCUCCUCUCACACUUAAAUGGACUUGUAAUUUAUGAGACGUUUGCGGAAAAUAAGCUCGCCCCGCCGAAGACCAGCGUAACUCCCCGCCUUUUCCGAAGACGGCAUUCGGACGUCCUUCCGGCGCGGCCAGUUGGAUGGGAUUCGUCACAUCGAAGUGUGUCUGCCUCGUCGGUUUUUUUUUUUUUUUUUUUUGGAUAUUCUUCCCAAUAAAGUCUCAUUUUGCCCUCCC